UUAGGAAAGGAUCAUUCCUUUAGAAAAGUUACAACUGCUGUGUAUAAAUAUAACUGGAAAUCUACAGAUUAGCGAAAUUAGGAUUUAAAUAUGCUAGUUCAAAGAUAAUUAUAUUAAUCAAAUUGUAAAACCAAAAUAUUUCUGUUAAAAACACUGUUUAAAAAGUUUGCCUUGUCUCAUGACUUAGGAUUUUGAAAUAAGCAUCAAACUUAAAAUUUCAGAAUGAACACAACUUUGUUUGAAACGUCAGUGCUUUUCUAACAUUCUUACAUAAAACAAACCCAAGCUCUUUUAUUCAUUAUUAUACAUUUGUACAAUUUGUAAGAUUUUCAAGGAAGUAAGCGUUAAAAUCCGCUUGCAAGUCAACCGCUUAAAUGUCACAACACUCGAAAAAGGACAGCAGCAGUAGCCAUGCGGCCCAGGGCAAUCGACACAGCAGCGGCAACACCAAUAGCAACAGCAACAGCACCGGCACCGGCAGCGGCAAGAGUCACCACAAGCGGCAGGCGGCCAACGGCAGUGUAAAGGCCAACAGUCACUCCUCCCACUCCCACUCCCACAGCCAAACGCCGUCGAAGUCGACCAGCAGCAGCAGCAGCCUCAGCCUCAGCGGGAGCAGCAGCAUGCAGGACACCAGCUCCUCCAUCACCAGCGCCGCCAGCUCCGGCACAUCCUUGCUGGCGGCGGGCAAGGCGGCGCCGCCGCUGAGCCGCAAGGAGAAGAACCAAAAAGACAAACAGCGCGAGCGGGAGCGAGUGGAGCGCAGCCAGCUGGUCCUCUGGCGGCGUCCCCUGCAGACCACCAAGUACUGCGGCCUCGAACUGGCCGCUCUGCUGCGCACGUGGAGCACCAGACUGCUGCAGCAGCGACUCCUGCUGGCCGCCCUGAUAGUAUUAGGCAUCGUAUUUAGCGUAAUUUACAAAAUAGACGGCCCCCACCAGUUGGCCAUUGAGUUCGUGCGUCGGAACACGUGGUUCUUCGUCUACUGGCUCGGUCUGGGCGUCCUUUCCUCGGUGGGUUUGGGCACCGGGCUGCACACGUUCCUGCUUUACUUGGGCCCGCACAUAGCCAGCGUCACGUUGGCCGCCUACGAGUGCAACUCGCUCCGGUUUCCACAGCCCCCCUAUCCCGAUGACAUUAUCUGCCCGGAGGAGCCGUACGACAAGCGGGUGCCCAACAUCUGGUCCAUUAUGUCGAAGGUGCGGAUGGAGGCCUUUCUCUGGGGAGCGGGCACCGCGCUCGGCGAACUGCCGCCCUACUUCAUGGCCAAGGCGGCGAGGCUCUCCGGCUACGAUCCAGAGGACGCAGAAGAGCUGGCCGAGUUCGAGGCGUUGAACGCGAAGCGUCACCAAAAGAACCUCAGUCUGAUGGACAAGGGCAAGCUGUUCAUGGAGCGCGUGGUGGAGCGCGUCGGAUUCUUCGGCAUUCUGGCCUGUGCAAGCAUUCCCAAUCCCCUGUUUGAUCUGGCCGGAAUAACCUGCGGCCACUUCCUGGUGCCAUUCUGGACGUUCUUCGGGGCCACGCUGAUUGGCAAGGCCGUGAUCAAGAUGCACAUCCAGAAGAUCUUCGUGAUCAUCGCCUUCAACGAGACGCUGAUCGAGCGGGCCGUCGACCUGUUGGCCUCGCUGCCGGUGCUCGGCCACAAGCUGCAGGAGCCGUUCAAGUCCUUCCUGAACAAUCAGAAGCUGCGGCUGCAUCGCCAGCAGCGCGGAGCGGCGGGAGCGGCAGCUGGAGCUGGGGAUUCGGGCAACCUGCUGUCCAGGAUCUUCGAGACGUUCGUGAUCGGAAUGGUGUGCUACUUCGUGGUGUCCAUCGUCAACUCGCUGGCCCAGAGCUACCACAAGCGGCUGCACAAAAAGGCUGCCGGCGGAGCUGCGACCACGCCCACUCGACUGGCGGGGCCGUCGAAAAAGGCGGGAAAGCAGAAAGCUUUACGGGACUAGAGAGGAUCGGUAGCAUGAAUGACUUCUGCUGAACGUUUUUCCAACCCAAAAAACCAACAUCCCCCCUUAAUUUGUUUAAAUUAUUUUGUUUAUUGCGGCUUUCGCUCUUAGUCAAAUUAAAUUGUAUGUGAGUGUGGCCACGAGAGAGAAGGAUGCGGAUGGACAGCCGGAGGAAUUUACCUUGUAGACUAGAUUAGGAAAAAAUGAAGCGAGUAGCCGCAGCCACCACAAUAUAUGUAGCAAGAGCAGAAUAUAUUUUAGUAAUGUACAAGAAAAACCCUAGCAAUUUUUUGUGACUAUCGUUUCGUUGUAACGAAAGUGAGGGAGACGCAGCUAGUCGCGCCUAAUGAAAAGCAAAUUGUGCAAAAGUUGUGCAAAAGACAAACAAGCCAGAGUAAACAGAGAACCCAAAAUAAAAUGUAGCCAUGAGCAAGAAGCAAGUAUAAAAAAGAUUUAAAAACGCUGAAAAUAAACGAAAUAUGGAUUUACAAAUUA